CUAUAGCUUCUGCCAGGUCUGCAGUGUACCCUGAAGUGCAACGGCGGCAAAUGCAAAGGAUGCAGGCAACUAUGUCGUGCUUACCAUCUGGCUGGUGGAUCAGAGAUGUGAUGUGCUGAAAGGCGGCUCUGCUGCUUUCACUGCAUCUAGCCUGGCCGUGUACUGGAUUUGCGAUAUGUACGGAGUACGUGCAGUGCAGCACUUCCGUAUACACUACCACAUACAAAGAUGCCUUACAAUUCUGCAUCGCGCUGGGUUGAAUAAUGCCAAAAGUCUAGCCACCGGAGAUCAGUCUAUGCCAAAUACUCAGAGACUGGGUUUGUUUGCGGCCCCCAACGAUGCUGAAGAGCGACAAUGCAGCGGGUCAAAACAGCCGUGUAAGAUGCUUGUCUGCCGGGGACGAAUAUAUUGCCCUUCCCCGGCUAUCCAGCAAGAUAAGGCGCCACGGCUCAUGAAUAGACUAGCGGUGAGGACGUGGGAAUUGUACGUAGGAAUAAUUAGUAUUUCAACUUUGAAACAAAUAGCAAGGGAACUCAUAUUUCAAACGAGAACCACAUAUGGAGUGUUCAAGGCGAAGUCUUCUUUCUUCAACGAAGGAAUGAGCGUUGAGAAUGAUCGCCUGAGCAAGUGGAUGUUGAGGUUGGACGAGAGGGCGCUAGAAAAUGCAGCGUACACCGAGACACCACCAGGAGGACUAGUGGAUGAGGGCAUGAUGUGAGAUGACAAGCAGUGGUGGAAGUUUGACGAGGGCCAA